GCGAUGGCUGCUGGGAGUUGUAGUUCUCUCCCUUAUCCUUGACCUUUCUAUUUCCGGUACCGGCACCGGGCAGAGCGGUCGGUGACAGCUCCGAGGGCCCCCGCCCCGCGCCCAUGGCAGAGCCGGACCCCUCUGACUCUCUGGAGACCCAGGCAGGGAAGGUGCAGGAGGCUCAGGAUUCAGAUUCAGACACUGAGGGAGGAGCAGCUGGCGGAGAAGAAGAGAUGGACUUCCUUCGGAAUUUCUUCUCCCAGACACUUGGCCUGGGCACCCAGAAGGAGCGUCUCCUGGAUGAGCUAACCUUGGAAGGGGUGGCUCGGUACAUGCAGAGCGAGCGCUGUCGCAGAGUCAUCUGUCUAGUGGGAGCUGGAAUCUCCACAUCGGCAGGCCUCCCUGAUUUUCGCUCUCCAUCCACGGGCCUAUACGCCAAGCUGGAGAAGUACCAUCUUCCCUACCCAGAAGCCAUCUUCGAGAUUGGCUACUUCAAGAAACAUCCGGAACCCUUCUUUGCCCUUGCCAGGCAAUUCUAUCCUGGGCAGUUCAAGCCGACCAUCUGUCACUACUUCAUCCGCCUGUUGAAGGAGAAAGGAAUGCUCCUGCGUUGCUACACGCAGAACGUAGACACCCUGGAGCGAGCGGCAGGGCUGGAGCCCGAGGACCUGGUGGAGGCCCAUGGCACCUUCUACUCGGGACACUGCAUCGGCACCGGCUGCCGACAUGAGUACCCGCUGAGCUGGAUGAAAGAGAAGAUCUUCAGUGAGGUGACUCCCAAGUGUGAGAAAUGUCAGAGCGUGGUGAAGCCUGACAUCAUAUUUUUCGGCGAGAACCUCCCAGCGCGUUUCUUCUCCUGCAUGCAGUCAGACUUCCUGAAGGCGGACCUCCUGGUCAUCAUGGGCACCUCCCUGCAGGUUCAGCCCUUUGCAUCCCUCAUCAGCAAGGCACCUCUCUCUACCCCACGCCUGCUCAUCAACAAGGAGAAGGCUGGCCAGAGGGAUCCUUUCCUAGGAAUGAUGAUGGGCCUGGGAGGAACCAUGGAUUUUGACUCUGAAAAGGCCUACAGGGAUGUGGCCUGGCUGGGUGACUGUGACCAGGGCUGCUUGGCCCUUGCUGACCUCCUUGGAUGGAAGAAGGAGCUGGAAGACCUUGUUCAGAAGGAGCAUGCCAGAAUAGAUGCCCAGCUGGGGUCAGAAGCCACCAACCCCACCACUGCAACUUCCCCCAGAAAGUCUCCACCACCUGCCAAGGAGGCGACCAGGACAACCACAGAAGGAGAGAAACCCCAGUGACAACUGCACCCCCCAGGAAGGACACCCAGUUCCUCGGGGAUAGCCAAGUCCCAACCAGCCCUGUGUCCCCUCUAACCUGCAGCUCUUGUCUGGGGUGCUCAGAACAUCCCCCAAUCUGUUAACCAGUUCUCCCCAAAACUAGAGUCCUUGCUGGCCCCCACCCAACUUUAGCCAGUCUUUAACCUCUCCUAGAGUCCUCUCCUCUCCAGUCUGGGUCAUUCAGGACCCUUUUGAGCAAGUGACAGAAUUGCAGCUCAAACCAGCCAAAGCCAAAAAAGUAAUGUGCUUCCAAGAAUGCAAUUUCUUGGAAGGAGAUGAAGGGGUCAGAGCCAGUCAGACUGAGGCAUAUCCAUCAGGAGUCUGCCCUCUCCCUCUCUCAGUUCCUUUUUCUGGGGAACACCUGCUGGGGAGAAUAUCCUCUUGGGGAGGGGUGUUCCCCUGGAAGAGAAACUGGAAUGAAUGCCCUUAGCCAAAUCUAAUAGCCAUAGUCUGUAACCACCCCAGGGGAAAGAAGAAACCUCCCUAAUAUCUAACUGGGGGGGCCAGUGGUACCCCAAAACUUCUAACUAUCCCAGGAUAGGGAGCUUAGGGCCCCCACUUUUCUACUGCUCCCAGGGCCUGUGGCCAAAUGGAUCAAAGCUAACCUACCCAGACGGGGGUGUGGGCUCUCCAAACUCACACCUAGUAGGGCGGGACCGGUCUGGAUCUGAAGGCUUCCCUAGUCUUUCUCUUCAACUUCUAAAGUGGGUGCUGGGCCCCUUUCACUUGGGACCCACUUCCCACGUGGCUUACUGGAGACAAAUUA